AGAUAAGAUAUGGAAAGAUUACAGCUAAGAUGACUCCGUAGACGCCGUCAUUUCGGCAGUGUCUCUGGCUCAGUGUGACGCCUCUUGUCUAAAUUCUGCUUUCACAUCCGGAAGGAGCUGCCGCCCAAGAUGAGCAUGAGCAAGGCACCGGCGCCGCCCCCCGCGAGUGAGAUCACCAAGGAAAUGCGUAAGCUGUCGUUCGAGGACAAGGACUCGCGUAAUAACAAGGAUGUUAAGCAGCAGCCGCAGGAGCAGCCGGCGGCCAUGCCUCUCCCGCAGGAGUUUGUGGUUAAGUACCUUGGUCGUCGCGACGCUGGCGGUCUCUGGGGCAUUAAGCACACCCGGAAGCCCGUGGACGACAUGGUGGCCCGCGCCAAGGAGAUGAAGCCCGGAGACACGCUGCCCUUCCUGAAGAUGACGGUGAGCGAGAAGGGCGUCAGCAUCUCCGAGAUGCCCCAGAACGUCAACAAAAACUUCGAAGGAGGCUUCUACAACAUCGAUGUGAUCAGCUAUGGCGUACAGGACCUCGUGUACACGCGGGUGUUCGCCAUGAUCGUGGUCAAGGAGGAGGCGGCCAGCAUUGCCAAGUCGCAGCACCCUUUCCAGUGCCACGCCUUCGUCUGCGACUCCCGCCACAACGCCCGCAAGCUCACCUUCGCCCUCGCUCAGGCCUUCCAGCAGUUCUCGAAGGAGGUGAAGGCCAACAAGUCCACUCGGAAACCCAAGAAGUUCGCCAUCGAUCUCCGCUCUCCCGAAGAGAUCGAGGUCGACCUCAAGGAAGCUGAUUCUGAGGCUUAGACGCGGCAGUGGGAUUCGAGUGUCGGAUGGAGGGUGAGCCGGAAGAUCAAGAGGAAGGAUGGAAGGAAGAAAAGAAGGAAAAAAAAGAUAAGAAGAGUGAAAAGAAAAGAAGUGAAAUGGUGUCUUGAGUGAUGAAAAAAAUAGAAAAAAAUGAGAUUAUGUUGCCGGGUUUUUACUCUUAGUGAUAAAAAAAAUCCAAGAAAUGAAAAAAAAGAGAAA